UAGGUCCACUGCGGAGUCGGCUUGGACUGGCAUGGAAAUCUUUGGUCUUCUGUUCCCUGGGCUUCUUGGUGCAAGGGGAGUCCAACGGUCUACCUUUGUGCCUCUCGCGCCUUUCCCGUCCAAAUUACCCAGAGCUAGUAAAGGGGUCAAGGAACCGGUCAGACGGCGAUUGAUGACACCAGACGCACGAGAACCUUUAUAAUCCGCGCCUGGAUACCUCUGCUCCACCCCCACCCUCUACCACUCUACUCUAACUAUUAACCUACACUCAUUCAAGUGAGAACAUAAACAGGCAGAACCCCCAUUUGAAUUAACAGUGCAACCGCCCCAACAAAACUAAUCACUCUUGCUCCCUUUGAAUCCUCCUUUCAAUCGCUCCCAACACCCUAAACGUUGUUCAAGCCUCGGAGGUCAACCUCACCCAAUUACAAUAUCGACAUGCUUAGCCCAUUCCUCAUCACCCUUGCCCUCUUCAUCAAUGUCAAUCUGUUCGGUCUAACCAGUGCCAGCACUCCAGGCACCAAUGGACCGGCUCCAUCCGCCGGAGCCCCUCAGGGUCUGUCCACCUCGGCUCUUUCUGCAUCCGCCAACCUCACUGGUCACUUCAACGUCAGCGGGCAAAUUCACUUCGCCCUCCAACCUGAAUCCAACGCUGUUGCGGUGUCCAUCUCUAUCAACGGUCUCAACGCGCUCAACUCGACCGCUGCCUAUGCAUACCACAUUCACACCAACCCUAUUUCCAGUGAUGGAAAUUGCGCAAGUGCCCUGGGGCAUCUUGAUCCUCUUAAUGUUACGGAUGGACUCGUCUGUAACCCGCAAAUCAGUCAAUACUGUCAAGAAGGAGAUCUGUCCAGUCGUCAUGGAAAGUUUAAUGGGUCUGAAUCCACAUUGAACCUUGCUUACAUCGAUGACUAUUUGAGGUUCUGGCCUCAACCAUUCAGUAUCCUCGGCCGUAGUGUUGUGGUCCAUUUGCCCAACUCAACGCGUAUUGCUUGUGGCAAUAUCACUUCCACAGUUGACGGUACCGCAAAUCCCGAUGGCGCUCCCACCUUCAACAAAUCAAACUACACAACCCAGUAUCCUUCGCAAGCUCCCCCAGCUCCCCCAGCCAAGUUUGAGCCAUUCAACGGGACGACACCUAACCCCGCAAUCACGCUUCCAUCCGCAUUGCCCACCGUUCAAAUGUUACCGAACGUCAUGCUAGGAACCAAUGCUACCACUCAGACCGUCAACGGCAAGACCGAACAAGUUAUCUUGCCAGCCGCGGUCAAUGCCACGACUCCAUUCACAUACACUCCCGGUGCAGUGCUCCCCAGCCAGAAUGACACAUCUAUCAGCAACUCGACCGCCGGUGGAAACAACGGCGCAACCGACCCCAAGAAGGGGGCUUCCAGUGGAGUUCAACGCUUGGCUCCUCCGCUUGUCUUCACUUUUUUUUCUGGUCUCUGCCUUUUGAUUUACUUGUAAAUUGUGAUAUCAUCUUUAUUUGCUAAGCUUUUGGACUCAGAAAACAUCUACGUUCGUUUAAAAUUAGGCUGUAAGCACCAAUGAAGCGUUUCAUAUGUUUACUGCACUUUGACACCAGUGAGUGUGAUUGGGUUUUUGAUUUAUGAAUUUCAAACAAUGAAAGGCGUUG